AUGGCGCAACUUGAAUCAUUGGCAAAUGAAUUACUACUUGAUUUAUUUGAAUUUUUCGAUACUGCUAAUCUUCUUCAAGCAUUUUAUGGACUAAAUUCACGUUUCAACGAACUACUUUACUCUCAUUUUCAAGUUCAUCAACUCGAUUUAAAGUCCGUAUCAAAAGAAACUUUUGAUAUUAUUUCUAAAAAAUUUCUACCAUUAAUUAUUAAUCAAAUUAUUUCACUUCAUCUUUCAUCUGAUGAAACACCAGGUUUACCUGAGUUAUUUCUGUCUCGUGGUUUUACACUCAAUCGAUUUAUUUGUUUACAAUCUCUUUCAUUAUAUAAUAUCAAUCAUCUUGAUACACUGUAUAAAAUAAUAUAUCAAUGUCGAUAUCUUUCUCAUCUUACUCAUCUUAAUAUAAUUAAAUAUGAUGAUGAUGAUGAAGAUAAACAAGAAAAUACUCUUGAUUUAUUAAAUAACAUUUGGAGUUUAUUAACACUUACACAUUGUAAUUUAAAUGGUCUUCAAAUAGAUGAAAUAUGGUUAUUGAGUAUUUCAAUAAUUUCAUUAUCUAUUGAAUAUCUUUCAAUCGAAAAUAUUCCAUGUAAUUUAAAUUCUUUAUCUCAUCUAUUUAAAUUUACACCUUAUCUUCAACAAUUAUGUGUAACUGUAUAUUCUUAUUCUAGAAAUGAUCAUUUAACAAAUAUUAUUCAUUCAAUAAAAUCAUUAAAAAUUUGUUUUGGUGGUUCAUAUCAAUCAAUGAAUAAUCUAUUAGAAAAUAUGCCUAAUCUAUCUUGUUUAAUUGUUACAACAUUACAAAUUUAUUUAGAUGGUAAUAUAUGGCAACAAUUUAUUUCUAAUUAUUUAUCUAAAAUUAAAAUCUUUCAAUUAAAAAUGGAGCUAGAAUUUCGAGAUAAUAAUGAUAGCAUCGAAAAUAUUAUUGAUAAAUUACUUAUAUCAUUUCGAACUUCAUUUUGGUUAGAAGAACAUCAAUGGUAUGUUCGAUGUCAUUGGAAUCCAUCAGAUCCAUAUAAAUGGAUUACACUUUAUACAUUACCUUAUAAUUUUGAUACAUUUGAUUAUUCAAAUAAAUCAUGUACGAAAUCAACUUGUUAUGAUGAAAGACAAUAUUGGUUAUAUGAUCGUGUAAAAAUCUAUGGUCAUGGAAGUAUUGAAAAUAAUUUUUUAGAUAAUUUUAGUCUUUUACGUGCUCGUUUUCGUAAUAUACAUCAUCUUCAAAUAAAUCUUUCAUUUGAUGAUACAUUUUGGUUACGUUUUCCAUCAUUAAAUCAUUUAAAAUCCCUUCAUGUAUAUAUUUAUAAAUAUUCAGGUUAUUGUCAAUUACAAACAAUAUUUAAUCAAGCACCUUGUCUUUAUUCAUUAAAAAUUCAAUCAUUUAUUGAUUCAUCUAUAAAAUUAUUUGAAUUAACAAGUAAAUCUAUUCGACGAAUUGAUUUAAUUAAUACAUUAUAUGAUCGAUCAAUAUAUUAUACAAGAGAAAAUUGUUUUAUAAUAAUGAAUUCAAUACUUGGAAAACAAUGUGAAAUUCUUUCAAUAUGUAUUAAAUAUCGAACAAAUAUUCUUGAUCUUAUUCAACAAAUGUCAAAUCUCCGAUUAUUAAUUUUUGAAUGUGAAGAUGAUAAAGAAAUUUUUCGAAAUUUUUCAUCGUCAAAAAAUGAACUUGUUCAAUGGUUAGAAUAUCGUUUAUCAUCAACACAUAUUAUUACAAAACAUCCAAAACAACAAUCUCUUAUUCGAGUUUGGAUCAAUCGAGAAAUGAAAAAUAUACUUCCAUUGAAUAGUUGUAGCUUGAGAACGAAACACAGAAAUAGACUAUCUAAUGUUUUAACAUCAUUUCGACAAUAUUUUAAUAAGACGAUGACAAACUAA